CUGUGAGGCAGGCCCCGCCCCCAGCCCGCGGGGAUCUGCGCGGCGGCGGAGGCGGGGACCUCUGGCCUCAGUCAAGCCUGUAGCACCGCACGCCCAGAUACUCCUUUCUGAGUCAUGACGGAUGCCAAGUAUGUCCUCUGCCGAUGGGAGAAGCGACUGUGGCCUGCGAAGGUUUUGGCCAGAACUGAGACUUCAGCAAAAAACAAGAGAAAGAAGGAAUUCUUCCUAGAUGUUCAGAUACUCUCGCUAAAGGAAAAGAUCCAGGUUAAGAGCUCAGCUGUGGAAGCCCUGCAGAAGUCGCACAUUGAGAACAUUGCUGCCUUCCUGGCCUCUCAGAAUGAAGUUCCGGCUACGCCCCUAGAGGAGCUGACUUACCGACGUUCCCUGCGAGUGGCCCUGGAUAUCUUGAAUGAAAGGACCAGUUUGAGUCCUGAAAGUCAUCCAAUAGAAGAUGGGACCACACUGUCUCAGAAGGAAAAAACGGAUGCAGAUGUAGCCUCGCAGGUCUCCAGUGCUCCCUCUCCAUCUUUCCUUGGUGAAGAUGGUCAAGCUGUGGUAGCCCAGUGUGCAUCCAAGAGGAGGUGGGAGUGCAGUCCAAAAAGCCUGUCACCGUCGCCUGCAUUUGAAGAUCUCGGGUGCAAAGUGGGCCCCAAGACAGGCCUUUCAGAGAGUGGAGCCCCAGGAGCCCAAGUGCCUGCCCCCACUGGAGACAGGUCUCAGGAUGAUUCUGGGUUACAGCUGGACCAUGGGCAGGAGAGCACAACCAAAAAGAGGCAGAGGAAUUUGGGAGAGAAACCUACCCGGCGCCGAAGAUCAGAGUCUGGCCUUUCCAAGGGAGAAAGUGUCUUAGAGAGCCAGGGACAGGCAAGCAGCUGUGUUGCCCUGGCUUCACCUAGGCUGCCCUCCCAAACAUGGGAUGAGGAGCCCUGUGCUGGGGUCAAAGGCCGUGACUGGGUCGAGUCAUCAGGCAACAUCGGGCCGCUCUCGGCCUCUGAGAGAAGCAGAGGAUGCCCCACAAAGAGGCCACGCUUGGAUGGAGGCCAGAACCCACCCACCAGGCAGCUGGGGACUAGACCUGUGGGGGCAGCGUCCUGCCCUAGGAGCUGUUCUGGGGAGGUCAUGAUGCUGUGCAGUGCUGGAGAGGGUGACAAACCAGAGGAAGCAGAUCCUGUGUCCUCAGAAGAACCCACAGGGUUCAAGUCCACCCACUCCCUGCUGGAGGAAGAGGAAGAGGAGGAGGAGCCACCUCGGAUCCUUCUGUAUCACGAACCACGAUCAUUUGAAGUAGGAAUGCUGGUUUGGCUUAAAUACCAAAAAUACCCAUUCUGGCCAGCUGUGGUCAAGAGCGUCCGACGGAGAGACAAGAAGGCCAGUGUGCUGUUCAUUGAGGGCAACAUGAACCCCAAGGGCCGAGGAAUCACCGUGUCGCUGCGACGCCUCAAGCACUUUGACUGCAAGGAAAAGCAUGCACUGCUGGACAGAGCCAAGGAGGACUUUGCCCAGGCCAUUGGCUGGUGUGUCUCACUUAUCACUGACUACCGUGUGCGGCUGGGCUGCGGCUCCUUUGCUGGGUCUUUCUUGGAAUAUUACGCUGCUGAUAUCAGCUACCCUGUGCGCAAGUCUAUCCAACAGGACGUCCUGGGGACCAGGUUUCCUCAGCUGGGCAAGGGGGACCCUNAGGAGCCUGUAGGGGACAGCCAGCUGGGACAGUGGCGGCCUUGCAGGAAAGUGCUGCCUGACCGCUCCAGGGCUGCACGGGAUAGAGCCAACCAGAAGCUGGUGGAGUACAUCGUGAAGGCCAAGGGUGCAGAGAGCCACCUGCGGGCUAUCUUGCAUAGUCGCAAGCCCUCACGAUGGCUGAAGACAUUCCUGAGCUCCAGUCAGUGCGUGACNUGCAUGGAAACAUAUCUGGAGGAUGAGGCGCAGCUGGAUGAGGUGGUGGAGUACCUGCAGGGCGUCUGCCGAGACAUGGAUGGCCAAGUGCCUGAGCGUGGCAGUGGAGACCGCAUUCGUUUCAUCCUGGAUGUGCUGCUGCCGGAGGCAAUCAUCUGCGCGAUUUCUGCGGUGGAGGCGGUAGACUACAAGACAGCUGAGCAGAAGUACAUCCGUGGCCCCACACUUAGCUACCGGGAAAAGGAAAUCUUUGACAAUGAACUCCUGGAGGAGAGGAACCGUCGCCGUCGCUGAUGCCGUAGUCUGCACCUGGCCUGCCAGCACUGGUUGUGNCCUGCCAGAGGCCUCUGCCAGAAUGUGCUAGAAACAAGAGGCCUAGGAGUGUGCGGACUUCAGCCUGAGUCUGGGAGAUCAGAUGCCAUCAACAUACUAGAAGCCUGCUGCCAUCUAUGAACAGCUGCUUUCUGGAAGUUUCUGUGUGUGUGUGUGUGUGUGUGUGUGUGUGUGUGUGUGUGUACAUGUGUAUGUUUGGUUUUAUUUUUUUUAAUUAUUUUGUUUAUAAAUGUGUUUGAAUGCACAUGUGUCAUGGUCAUUGCACAGUGUGGCUGGCAUGUGCGCUCUGUGUCCCAUAUUGCUUGGUGUGCCUGCCCUACAGACUUUUCUGGAGAGACUGAUUUGAACAUGUCACUCCCAGAGCAUUGACAUGUUGCCCUGGCAUUCAUUGUUCUGCUUAUUUCCUCUCUGGUUUCCUCUCUGGUUUCCUCUCUGGUUUCCUCUCUGGUUUCUGGAAUCUUCUCUGCCUCUCCUGUGUGGUGAGCAGGAGGUGACGACUCUUGCAGCAACAGUCUUUGCAGGUGGGAGAUGUUAGGAAGGUGGGAACAUGUUUGUUCACUGGGCUCCUUGUAGUCUUGCAAGGCCGGGCAGGCCAGCAGCAUUCAGCUCCCACCCCCGCCCCUGGCC